UAAUUUUGAGUAUUAUAUAGUCGUACAUCUCAUAAAUUAUUUCCUUUCUAUAAUUAAGGAAUAAUUAGUGAGUGAUUAAGAAAUGGGUUUAAGAGACAUUGGAGCAACACUUCCUCCUGGGUUUAGAUUUUAUCCAAGUGAUGAGGAAUUAGUUUGUCAUUAUCUUUAUAAAAAGAUUGUUAAUGAAGAAGCUCUUAAAGGAACUUUAGUUGAAAUUGAUUUGCAUACUUGUGAGCCAUGGCAACUUCCUGAGGUGGCUAAACUAAAUACAACAGAAUGGUACUUCUUUAGCUUUCGAGAUCGUAAGUAUGCUACUGGUUUUCGGACUAACAGAGCCACCACAUCUGGUUAUUGGAAAGCCACGGGUAAAGAUCGGGUAAUACUUGACCCGACGACCCGAGAGACCGUGGGAAUGAGAAAGACUCUAGUGUUCUAUAAAAACCGAGCUCCAAAUGGGAUUAAAACAUGUUGGAUUAUGCAUGAAUUUCGACUAGAGAGCCCACAUGUGCCUCCUAAGGAAGAUUGGGUGUUAUGUAGAGUUUUCCAUAAGAGCAAAGGUGAAGAAAAUAAUAAUAAUAAUAAUAAUAACAAUAAUAAUAAUAAUAAUAAUAAUAAUAAUAAUAAUAAUAAUUGCCAACACACUAUACAUGAUCAUACCACUUGUUCACCACCAACUUGUUACUCAUGUCAACAAGCCAUCUCAUUCUCUUCAAAUAAUAAUCCUAAUACCCUUUCUCAUCAUCAAGAACCAAUAAUUAGCCAUAAUAGUAACAUUACUUUUAAUAAUCCCAACAUAAAUAGUGCAUUAAACCCUAAUAACAACAAUAAUAAUUUCAUGCAUCUUUUAAAAGAGGGAAGCUCUAGCUAUUCUUGGAGUGAUUUGGUCAAUUCAUGUGUGAAAAAUGAUGAUGAUUAUGGCUUAUUGUGGGACAUGGAUUUAGAAGAUCAAACUAGCGACAAGUUGGGUGAGGGAACAUUGCAUGUUCCUCAUCCUUAUUGUCUUCCUCAACUUGAAUUCGGAGAUGUUAGAUUUGAAAACGAUAAUGGCACCGUUUUCUUCUGAUAUAUACUCUAUAUGUCUCUUUAUGUUUGAUGCACUAUAUCUAAAAAAUUCUCACAUCGAUUUGCAUGAUGCAGUAAAUUUAAAGAGACAAAUUAUUUGUUAAUCAUUAUUUGCCUACUAACAUAAAUAAGCACAAAAAAAAUUUUAGAAAAGGAAGAUUGAUAGAUACAAAUUUAGAAGACAAGAAUUACACUACCAAUUUGUUUAUUUGUGGAUGUUUGUGUGAUGUUUGGUGUAGUACUUUUGGACAGCCUAUUGAUUUUGUUUAGACAUUAUACUAGAUCAUAUAGUAUGUUAUACUAUAAUAUGGUAUAGGGUUUAGAUUAUGGUCUACAUGUAUUAUAAUAUAUGUAGUGGACAUUGUAUAUACACAUGCAUGUACUUUUACCCAUG